UAGAAAGCAUCACUGACACGCUGGUCGGUUAACAGUGAGCCCUUUCGCAGACGUCCACCCCGUCCGUCCAUGUGGGUAUUGAUCCGCGUGACAGAUCACCGCCUCUAAACCAGCCCUCGGGUUCAGGGUUUGCUCCUCCUGGCCAGCACCAAUCUGAGAUGGGUAGAAGGAGGGGGCGGGAAGGUUAGUUUGAAGAGCUUUGCGAAAGGACGUCGAUUUCCCUAUUAUUUCACCACUGGAAGAAAAAAAAAAGAAAGAUCCUAACCCAGUGGACAGUAACAGCUGAGGGAGAAAUCAGUCGGACCAAACGUCAGAACCUCAUUAACUCCGAGGAAACCCAGUCGGGAGAGAGAAGAAACAGCAAGAACACAGCCCGUAUUGCUGCUGGAGCUGCCUGUUUGAACUGAUAUGGCUGCAGCACUUUGGAAGCCUAAAUCGUUGGACUUGGGCUUGCCAAUCAUCCUCCUGCUCCUCAACCUCCUUCCUGAAGCCAGGGCAGUAGUUGGACACAGAGAGCCGCUGCCUGAUGAUAGCAAAGACAAUAUCACCAUUUUCACCAGAAUCUUAGACAGGCUGUUGGAUGGAUAUGACAACAGGCUACGUCCUGGGCUGGGAGAGAGUGUGACAGAAGUGAGGACAAACAUCUAUGUGACGAGUUUCGGGCCGGUGUCAGAUACAGACAUGGAGUACACCAUCGACGUCUUCUUUCGUCAGAGCUGGAGGGACGAGAGGCUGAAGUUUGACGGACCCAUGCAAGUUUUACCCCUGAACAACCUCCUGGCUAGUAAGAUCUGGACUCCUGAUACCUUUUUCCACAAUGGGAAGAAAUCUGUGGCCCAUAACAUGACAACUCCCAACAAACUGCUACGACUAGUCGACAACGGCACGCUUCUCUACACAAUGAGGUUGACCAUUCAUGCUGAGUGCCCCAUGCACCUGGAGGAUUUCCCGAUGGAUGCACAUGCCUGUCCUCUGAAGUUUGGAAGUUACGCCUACACCAAUAACGAGGUGAUCUACCUGUGGACCCAAGGAGAUGAGAGGUCUGUUGCUGUUGCUGAGGAUGGCUCCAGGCUGAACCAGUAUGACUUACUGGGACACGUUAUUGGCAAAGAAACCAUCAGCUCCAGCACAGGGGAAUAUGUAGUGAUGACAACAUAUUUCCAUUUGAAAAGGAAAAUUGGCUAUUUUGUGAUUCAGACCUACCUCCCGUGCAUCAUGACUGUCAUACUGUCUCAAGUCUCCUUCUGGCUAAACAGAGAAUCGGUUCCUGCUCGCACUGUUUUUGGUGUCACCACUGUCCUAACCAUGACUACCUUGAGCAUCAGUGCUAGAAACUCCCUUCCUAAGGUGGCCUAUGCCACAGCCAUGGACUGGUUCAUGGCUGUGUGCUAUGCCUUUGUCUUCUCUGCCUUGAUUGAGUUUGCCACAGUCAACUACUUCACCAAGCGCAGCUGGGCAUGGGAUGGGAAAAAAGAAGGCAUGGAAAUAAGGGAACCGUUUCAGGCUAACAUGGCCAGGAUUAAAGAUAUGAGAAGAGAAUCCGCGACUUUGUCCAAAAAGGCGAACAACACCUUCAACAUUGUUGGAACCACCUACGCCAUCAACGUAGCUAAAGACCAGGGUUUAACGACCAUUUCCAAGAGUGCCCCCGGAGCAUCGGCCAAACACUCCUAUCUCCAUAAAAUGGAUGACCCCUACACAGAGGCCAAGAAGUCCUACAAUCGUGUCAGCAAAGUGGACAAGAUAUCGCGCAUCAUUUUCCCAGUUCUGUUCUUCAUCUUCAACUUAGGCUACUGGGCCACAUAUGUCAACAGAAAGCCAGCUAUCAUGAAGGCCAACAACCUAAACUGAAUUUAACCAAAUGUUAGGUGUGAUCUGGUUUGUUUUGGAAGGUAGAAAGGUUUGCAGGAGCCCAAAUCCAUUUCACCUUUCAUUGUGUGUGUGUGUGUGUGUGUGUGAGCGUAUGUUUCGCGUGUCUGUUUUUU